AUGGCUCCAGCCGUGCCCGUGUCAGCGGCGCUGGCCGGCCUCUGGCUGCACGCGCUCAGCCGGCCGGCGCCUGAGGUCACCUCAGAGUACCGUCUGGGCGUGUGGGUCACCGCGGCCAUGGUCGUACUGGAGACGGCCGCCCAGCCGCUGGUCAUCCUGGCGCAGGCCAUGCUCUUUGUCAAAUUGAAGGUGGUAGCCGACAUGGUCAGUCUGUGCAGUCGGGUGGCGCUCAAAGCCUGGCUGAUCGCCCUGUACCCGUCCCACGCCAUCUGGGCCUACUGUGUGGGCCACGCGGUCAGCUCCGCUCGCCUCGUGGUCAUGUAUUACGGCACCCUGCUCUGGCACGUCCGCUCACCGGAUAACUGUCUACCGGUGAAGUCGGCGAGUGAGCUGGGACCCAGACUGGUGCCGGGACAGCCGGCGCUGGACCGUGACCAGCUGGCCCUCACCUGGAGCUUCUUCAAACAAGGCCUGCUGAAGCAGUUGCUGACGGAGGGCGAGCGCUACCUGAUGACCGCCUUCCACCUGCUCGACUUCUCCGAGCAGGGCCUGUACGACGUGGUGGCCAACCUGGUCAGCCUGGCGGCCCGAUUCCUCUUUCAGCCAGUCGAGGAGAACGCCUACGUCUACUUCUCGCGCACAGUGGAACGGGGAAAGCCGGUGUCUGCCGCGGCGGGCCGGGUUCUGCACGACCUGCUGCGCGCCAUAAGCCUGCUCGGUCUGAUUGCCGUCACGUUCGGCUGGAGCUACUCCCACCUGCUGCUGCGGCUGUACGGAGGCGCCCUGCUGACCGCCGGUCCGGCCGUCAGUCUGCUGCGCGCCCAGUGCGCCUACGUGCUCCUACUGGCGGUGAACGGAGUGCUGGAGUGCUACACGUUCGCGGUGAUGCGCCAGGAACAGAUCAAUGGGUAUAACCGGAAGAUGGUGCUGCUAUCUGUGAUAUUCGUCAUCUCGACAGGGAUCUUUACUAGGCUAUUCGGCGGGGUUGGAUUUAUCCUCGCCAACUGCGUCAAUAUGCUGACCAGGAUAUACGUUUGUUACCGGUUCGUGGCCGGUCUGCCGCUGGAGCCGGCGGUGUCCGUGCCGCCGCUGCUCGGUCUCCGCCCGCCGUGGCUGCCGCGCUGGUGACCGCCGGCCUGCUGGCAGCCGGCUCCGAGAGCUGGCUGUACCCCAGCUCCGCCGCCGCCCAUGUGGCUGUGGGCGCGCUCUGUGGGGCCGCCGUGGUGGCCGCGGCGGUGUACAGCGAGCCCCGCCUCCUCCAGGCGGUCA